CAAGCAGCUGGACUGGUGCGAGCGUGGCAUGUGCACGCCCUCGUGGAACCAGCACAUCCCGCAGUACUGCGGCUCGUGCUUCGCCCACGGGGCGCUGUCCGCGGCGCAGGACCGCAUCAAGAUGAUGCACCGCGCGCUGGGCCGCGUCGGCCCGGACGUGCAGCUCGGGCGGCAGACGUUCCUCAACUGCGGGCCGGCGCACGGCCUGUCGGACGGCUGCGGGGGCGGCGAGCCGUCCGACGUCUUCGAGUUCAUGCACCACUACGGACUGCCGGACGAGACGUGCGUGCCCUACAGCGCCACGGACUACCGCAAGUACACGGACACCAACGGCACGUGCCCCCCGGAGGGCUAUUGCAUGAAGUACGUAGCCAAGGCAACUUCAACUUGGCAAGCCAGAUAUUAAUUGCUGUGCUCUGUUUUGUAUUCUGCUAGUUGCAUCACGACGCCCGACCACCCACAGGGUCCGCACUGCUUCCCGGUCAAGACGGUGGUGCGGUACCGAGCCAAGGAGUACGGCCGCGUGGCGGGGGAGCACGCUAUGAUGAAGGAGCUGCUUAAGGGCCCUAUUACGUGCGGCAUUGCCUGCAGCGACGAGUUCACCUUCAACUACUCGGCGGGCGUGUUCCACGACAAGACGGGCUUCCUGGACAUCGACCACGACGUGGAGAUCGUCGGCUGGGGCGAGGAGGCCGACGGCACCAAGUUCUGGAACGUGCGCAACUCGUGGGGGACCUACUGGGGCAUGAAGGGCUUCUUCAAGAUCGUGCGCGGCGUCAACAACCUCGGCAUUGAGUCCGACUGCCACUGGGUGAACCCCGACAUCUCGGACGAGGAGCUCGUCUUCUCGCAGACGACGCCUCUGUAUGGCGGUUCUCUCUGGGGGAUCGUGCCCUUCGCCAAGGGAGCUGCGACCUCGCACCCCAUCAACUCGACGGCUGACGUCGUGCUCAGCAACCUGCCGUUGCAGUCCGAGGAGCUGCCACUUGAGACGACGACGGGGUUGAGUGAGAACUCGGAGGAGAUCGAAACGGUGGCGCUUCGCACCGCGGAGGAGAAGGAGGUGGAGGCCGCGGGUGUUCAGAACGAGGGCUUUAGCUUUUCUCUUUUUGCACUAUUCGCGGCGCUCAUUGCACUGGGCACCGUGAUCAGCAACGUGGUCUCGAGGUUCUCGCGCAGUGAAGCCUACAACCGUCUGAUCUAAGUUUUCGGUGGUCAGCCAAAAAAUGAGAGGCUGUAGAAGGAAGUUGAGAGAGAAUGAAGAAUGCCAUGACACGCAUUGCAGUACACCGCAGUUUGUGUGCGCAUGUUGAUUACCUUUUCCCUCGAGAUGAAUUCUCGUCCUACCUUCAGAGAAGUACCGUUCUCCGCAAGAAAAAAAAAUGAAUCGAAGGUAACCGAAGUAGCACACACAGCGACGGAAAAUUAACCUCCACAUGUGAUGGAAACCAAGUCAGAUUUUAGUUCUUAAAAUAGUAAAUUUAUUAAGUCAUUAAAGAAAAAGAUGGCUUCAGGAUCACAAGGGGUACAUGUACGGACCGAACCUCAUCUUCCAGAGUAAACGAUAACGGCAAGAAGGAUGGCGGAAGAAAGAAAGCCAGAAGCGGUAUAACGCGUAAUGGAUGGACGGACCGGUGACAACAACAAAGACUACACACACCACUGAUUAACAUCAUCCAGCACCUGCCGAUCUUUCACUUCAAUUGCAUUCCUUCCCGUCGUAUGCCAUUUCUUGCGACGGAUUUUUGUUUCGCAGAAUAAUCACCCAUCGUGUCUGUUUUCAUGAGCCGGGCCUCCCCACAACGAGAACCUCAACUCGGAUACGCCCUCUGCAGUGAGGUGUUCAAGUUCUCAUUUCCAAAUUAUCCGGUCCCAGGUCAAAACUUACUGCGGAAUUCGCUGCACCAUGAAGAUUCGUCAUGUCAUCGGGUUGACAAUUUCAAUUGCCCAAGUGUCUGUCUGCAGGAACCAACACGACGGCCACCAACCUACUGAAUGGCUGGUACCCGUGCGCCGAGUUCACCUUCUCGGAUGACGGGACUUCUACCGGCCAGAAUGCCGAGUGUGCUGUCUACACCGCGCCAAUGUGCUACCCUGGCAUUUGCGACCCCCUCGAAUCCGACAACUCCAAGAUGGACAUCUUCGUCAAGCGACUGCCGGCCGUGAGCAAUGCCGACAACGCAACGAACGUUUGGGUUUUAACUGGUGGCUUGGGCCGAGCAUCCACUUCCCGUGAGUAGUCAUUGUCCCUUAACCUUUGACGUCUUCUUCAGAGCUAACCUCAUAUUUGUCCGUCCUCAUUUUUCUUUCAACGCUACAGGGGAGUCUCUGGUACUGGACGUGCACACGAACCUCAACGGAACUGCUAACGUGUACACCCUGGAUUAUCGUGGCACUGGACGUAGCACGCUGCUCGACUGUGUGGCUGCGCAAGCUCUGACGACCGGAUCCCCAAGCAGUAGGGACGUCGACCCUACCGAAAUCGCUGCGUAUGCGAAAGCGCUGGAGAUCGAGUACAACGACUUGGCAGUUUUCUCCAUCACAAGUACCGCUACUGAUCUGGCGACGCUCAUUUCCAAGUACACGAACGGCGCCAGCACGAUUGUGUACGGAGCGAGCUACGGAUCAACUUUAGCUACACGUCUCAUGCAUAUGAACCCUCCCGAGGUGGCGGGGUAUGUGCUGGACGGCAUUGCCUCCGUGCCAGGAGCUCCAGCGGGCAAGUUUGAGUACCUUUCAACGUACGAAACGGACUUUGGUGAGGUUGGCGACCAUUUCUUGAAUCUCUGCGCACUAGACAGCGCAUGCAGUACCCAUUUCUCGAAGAAAAGUCUGUCGGACACGCUUGAGGACCUCCUCGUGCAGUUUGAUAAGGAUCCGAGCUCGACAUGUGCUGCGCUGGUGAGCAACAAAACCAGCAGCUGGAGCAGCGUGAAGGCUUCGUUCCAGUUGCGCGAGACUCUCGGGACAAUGCUCAACAGUGAGGUGGAGCG